AUGGCACGCACGGUGUACCCCACACAGGCCCCUGUGGACUUAGACAUCUACCAGAGCUCCUACAUGAUCGACUUUCAGCCCUAUGGGGAGCACAAAUACUCGGGUGUCUCGCCGCAGGAGCAGGCGAAGCUCGAUUCUCAACUCCGGGCCAAAGAGUUUUAUAGGGCCGUCCCCAACACCCACCCCAAACUGGCGGAUGGGUACCCUGCCUUCAGAAGAAUCCACAUGACCGCCAAAGAUCUGGGGCAACCCGGCUUCUUCCCACCACCAGACGGUGCUGCCCCCGCAGAGGACCAGAACCAAUGCACCAGGGUGUGCCAUUGCACGUACCCAGCGCCAGAAACUCGGCACCUGGCCCAGGAUGAUCCCAGGCGGCUGCAGCAGAAUGCAGACUUCCCUUGCCUCCUGGAGCCCCAGAGCCAGCCUGCUACAGAGGAGGAGAAAGGCUACCUCCUACUGCCCGGCUGCCCCUGUCCUCAUCACCAAAUGCCCAAGUUUCCCAUCUUGUAUCGCUGGGGACCCUUGAUGCCAUUUUACCAGUAGGCAGAUGAGCAUACCCUUCAAGAGCU